CCCAAUUAUUGCGCCAAUGAAAGAACAAAUUGCCAAGAUAACUUGAGCGAAAAUUUAUUAACAACAAAAAACUAAAUUUUAUAUAUUCGGUUUAAUAAAACACUUCGAUCCAUUCAUACGUUUAGUGUCUAUAGACGUGCGGAUUUAACACAUUUAAACGCGCACAUAAUCAAUUAUAACAGAUUAAAGGGGCCUUAACUGUUAUACAAGCCAAACACUUCCUAAACAAAACAAUAAUAAGGAUACAAAAUGCCAAGACCUUCAAAACUAGCCAUGGAACGUGGUCUUCAUGAUCGUGAUCGUGUGGGUGUACAAGAUUUUGUACUACUCGAAGACUAUCAGAGCGAUGAAGCCUUCAUUGAUAAUCUACGUAAAAGAUUUCAAGAAAAUUAUAUUUAUACUUAUAUAGGCCAGGUCUUGAUAUCGGUGAAUCCUUACAUGCAAUUGCCCAUCUAUUCAGAGGCUCACAUUAAAGAAUAUAGAAAUAAGCAUUUUUAUGAAAUUCCGCCACACAUUUUUGCAGUUACUGAUAAUGCUUUUCGUUCCCUGAUUGAAGAAAAUAAAGGCCAAUGUGUUCUAAUCUCUGGCGAAAGUGGUUCGGGUAAAACUGAAGCCUCCAAAAAGGUCUUACAGUAUAUUGCUGCCUGUUCAGGUCAUCAAAGUACCGUUGAAGGUGUUAAGGACAAACUGCUGAAGAGUAAUCCAGUGUUGGAGGCUUUUGGCAAUGCCAAAACAAAUCGUAACGAGAACUCCUCACGUUUUGGCAAAUAUAUGGAUAUACAAUUCGAUUUUACCGGCACACCAAUUGGCGGUAACAUUUUAAAUUAUUUGUUGGAAAAAUCGCGUGUGGUUAAUCAAAAUAGUGGCGAAAGAAAUUUCCAUAUCUUUUAUCAGCUAUUGGCUGGUGCCACAGAAGAACAAUUAAAGGAUUUAAUGUUGACAAGAUCAUUAAACAAUUAUGCCUAUUUAAGUGAUGGUGAUAAUGGACUUGUUAAGACAAUUGAUGAUGCUGAUAACUUCAAACAAGUCCAACAGGCCAUGACUAUUAUUGAUUUCACAGCCCAUGAACAAAAAGAAGUCUUUAACAUUAUUGCCAGUGUUUUACAUUUGGGCAAUGUGCAAUUUGACGAAGAGGAAGGCAAAGCUAAGGUUAAAAAUGCGGAUGUUGUGAAAACGGUAUCGAAACUGUUGGGUGUCGAUUUGAACGAGUUGAAUGAUGCCUUGACCCAUCGCACUAUUGAUGCCAGAGGUGAUGUUGUUACUUCACCAUUAAGUCGGGAAAUGGCCAUUUAUGCUCGUGAUGCUUUAGCUAAAGCUGUCUAUGAUCGUUUGUUCUCUUGGUUGGUUACCCGCCUGAACAUUUCCCUACAGGCCAAGGACUUGCGUACGGCUCGCAACAAUGUUAUGGGCAUUUUGGAUAUUUAUGGCUUUGAAAUUUUCAAAACCAAUAGCUUUGAACAAUUUUGCAUUAAUUUCUGUAACGAAAAGUUGCAACAGUUAUUUAUUGAGUUGACUUUGAAAUCGGAACAGGAUGAAUAUAGACGUGAAGGUAUUGAAUGGGUGCCAGUGGCAUAUUUCGACAAUAAAGUUAUAUGCAACUUAAUCGAAGAGAAACAUAAGGGUAUUAUAUCCAUAUUAGAUGAAGAAUGUUUACGUCCCGGUGAUCCCACCGAUUUGACAUUCUUGGCUAAAUUAACCGAUCGUUUGGGCGAUCAUCCUCACUAUUUGUGCCAUGAAAAGGCUCCCAUACAGGUGCAAAAAACUAUGAGCCGUAAUGAGUUCCGCCUUGUGCACUAUGCUGGUGAUGUCACUUAUAAUGUCAACAGUUUCUUGGACAAGAACAAUGACUUGUUGUUCCGUGAUUUAAAGGAAACCUUGAGCAAGGCCGAUAAUAAUGUUGUGCGUGUUUGUUUCCCCGAGUCGGAAUAUUUGAAUAAGAAGAGACCCGAAACAGCUGUCACACAAUUCAGAACUUCUCUUAACAAUUUAAUGGACAUUCUGAUGUGCAAGGAACCUUCGUAUAUUCGCUGCAUCAAACCCAACGAUCUACAAUCACCCGGUAUAUUCAACGACGAAUUAGUUUUGCAUCAAGUUAAGUAUUUGGGACUUAUGGAGAACUUACGUGUACGUAGAGCUGGUUUUGCCUAUAGGAGAACUUACGACAUGUUCCUCAAUCGUUACAAGUGCUUGAGCAAGCAAACUUGGCCCAACUACAAUGGACCUGCCAAGGAAGGUGUUAAACUUUUAGUUAAAGAACUCAACUAUGGACCAGAAGACUUCCGUUUGGGUGAGACUAAACUUUUUAUACGUUUUCCCAAGACUCUGUUCGAUACGGAAGAUGCCUUCCAAGAAAAGAAACACGAUAUUGCUGCCAUUUUACAAGCUCGCUGGAAGGGACGUGUACAACGUAGAAAAUACUUGAAAUUGCGUGAACAAGUUAUCACCCUGCAAUCGUUCUGUCGCCGCUAUUUGGCCCAACAAGCAGCCAAGAAACGUCGUGAAGCAGCCGAUAAGAUACGUGCCUUUAUCAAAGGUUUUAUCACGCGUAACGAUCCACCCAAUGGUUACAAUGAAAAAUUCAUUGCCAAUGCCAAGCGUAUGUGGCUUUUGAGAUUAUCUAAAGAUUUACCCAAAAAAGUUCUUGAUAUGAGAUGGCCUUCGGCUCCUAGUCAUUGUCAAGAGGCCUCCACCUAUUUGCAUCGUUUACAUAGAUUACAUCUAGCACGUAAAUAUCGUUUGGCACUAUCAGAGGAAAAGAAGAGACAAUUUGAAUUGAAAGUUUUGGCUGAAAAGGUAUUCAAAGAUAAAAAGAGUAGCUAUCCACAAAGUGUAUCUCAAUGGUUUAAGACCGAUCGCAUUCCCUCGGAACAUAAUACUGCCAUCAACAAUUUCAUUGGUAACAACUUUAAUGGUGAAACCCUUAAGUAUUCCUCCUCCUGCAUUAAAUACGAUCGCCAUGGCUAUAAGUCACGUGAUCGUUUCAUACUCCUAAGUAAUAAAGCCAUUUAUGUAUUGGACGGUAAGACGUACAAGCAAAAACAUCGCUUACCCCUGGAAAAAUUAGACUUUGAUUUAACCAACCACAGUGAUGAUUUAAUGGUCAUUCGCAUUCCCCUCGAUUUGAAGAAAGACAAAGGUGAUCUUAUCCUGCUCAUACCAUACAUCAUUGAAUUCUGCACCUUCAUCAUUGAUACCGUGGGUACCGCCGAUGUGCUUAAAAUUGUGGAAAGAGAUUCUUUGGAGCACAAUGUGGUCAAGGGUAAAUCUGGUGUUAUUGAUAUUCAAACUGGUGGUGGUGAACCAGGUGUAAUACGCGAUAAAAGUGGGCAUCUUGUUGUUAUUGCUGGCCAAUAAUGAUGACAACUUAAAAAUCGUAUUAAAGAUUUUACCUAAAUUUGUAACCAUGGCUUUAAAUAUAAAUUUUUGUUAUGUACUAUUAUUAUACUAUUUUAAAAUAAACGAUUUUAUGUAAAUUUUGCUGCUA